UAGUCUCUCCAUAUUCACCGUGCAGUCUUAAAUGCAAGUCACGGUAUUUGCCGAUCUAAUUGCUUUCUCUCUCUACUGGUUCCAGACUUUAAUUUCUACGAUGUCGGGGAAUGCUCUAAGAGAUCUUAAUACUUUACCUAUGUCCGAAAGAAAGAAUGACGGCUCGAGUAAAGUUAAAUUUACUAGGACUUGCAAUGGAAACACAAUUGAGAAUGUUGAUGAGCUGGAGCAGAAAGGCAUUGCCUCCGUUUGCAUAAACGGGAGUGAAGCUGUAAAUGGUGGAGUAGAGGUAGCUAACACGGAAGUAGAAUACAUUGAGUCUGAGAACUUGAGUGAUCUAGAGGAUGUUGAUGCUUGUAUUGAGAAGCUCUUACCUGGACUUGAGUCCAAAGAUUGGGUUCUGGUUGUUGAAUCUCUCAAUAAUUUUCGCCGAUUAUCAACGUUCCACAGGGAAGCAAUUCGUAGUAUGCUGGGUGAUUUGAUCCCGCUGGUAGUUAAGUCCUUGAAGAAUCCAAGAAGCGCUGUUUGUAAAACUGCAAUUAUGACAUCUGCAGACAUUUUCAGGGCAUAUGCUGAUGAUUUGGUGGAGUUUUUGGAUCCCCUGCUCGUACAGCUUCUUCUCAAGUCUUCACAAGACAAAAGAUUUGUAUGUGAGGCAGCUGAGAGAGCUUUAGAGACCUUGACUACUUUAGUUUUCCCGGUGUCGUUGUUGCCCAAGUUGCAACCCCAUCUUAAGAACAGAAAUCCACGGAUUCGAGCAAAGGCAUCAACAUGCUUUAGUCGCAGUGUUCGACGACUGGGUGUUGAAGGAAUUCAAGAUUAUGGAAUUGACAAAUUGAUACAAGUAGCUGCAUCCCAGCUCAGUGAUCAGCUCCCGGAGUCCCGUGAGGCUGCUCGGACCCUUCUAUUAGAGCUGCAAACCGUAUAUGAGAAAUCCCAUGGCCUUUCAACAACAGUAUCUGAGCAACCAGAUAUUAGCUAUUGGGAGAACUUUUGUCAGUCAAAACUCUCCCCUUUAAGUGCGCAAGCAGUGCUUCGGGUCACAAGUGUUGCUCGUGAAGGCCACGUAAUCUGUUCUUAACAGUGAGUUUCUAUAUAAAACCUUACGUGCUCCGGGUCACACGUGUUGCUCGUGAAGGCCACGUAAUCGGUUCCUAACAGUGAGUUUCUAUAUAAAACCAUACGUGCUCGUAUCAAGUACUGAUGUCUUCUUUUAUUUACCCACAUACACAUAUAUGAGCUUUAGUUUGCCAACUGCGGAGUCUACACUCCACAAUCACCUCUUAUUGCUUUGGUUUUGGUUAUAUGGUCAUCCUUUAUUCCUUGCAAAUUCUCUUGAAUCAUUGGGAUACCUUUGACCAUGGUUUAGAAAUUAGUCGGACCGGAAUCAUAGGAACGAUGUUCUUUACAUAUGGUUUCCC